CCAGACAGCAAGAAGACCUCAUCUUGGCUGCCUCUCCUCCAAGCCCCCCCCCCUCCCCUAAAACUCAGCACCAUGGAAGGGGACAGCAGAGGAGGGCGCUGACCGAGCUGGCAAGCAUCGGCCCGCCUCCUAUGAGCACUGCAGUGGGGUUGCACGCUGACACCCCCCCCCCACCCACCCACACCUCCGUCUCUCUUCCUCUGUCUCCCCGGCUUUCUAAGAGGUCCCCGAGGCAAGAUCUGUUUCGGGGAAUCGUCCCUGCCAUCUCUUCUCCGGCUGGCCUCUCUCAGCUGGCCUUGGCUUCACGGCCAAACUCUGUGCUUUGAUUGCUAUGUCCUUGCCAGGAAGCCGAAGACCCUCGACGGGAUCCCGAAGCCGUGAGUUUUACGGAAGGAGUGGCUCAGCCUCCCUCUUUAAGUCUGCAACGGCCCCAGCCACUCCGACUGAGAAACAGCCUCUUCUUCCUGCCUCCAGGCGCCCCUCCCCGCCCGUCAGUAUGCGCGACACCUACGGCACCUCUUCGCUCAGCAGCAGCAGCAACUCCGGCUCCUGUAAGGGCAGCGACAGCAGUCCCACGCCAAGGCGCCCCGUGAAGUACCUCCUGUGUAGUGACAACCAUGGGAUCAAGCCCCCAACUCCUGAGCAAUACCUCACCCCCCUCCAGCAGAAAGAGGUCUGCAUCCGGCACCUGCGGGCCAGGCUGAGGGACACCCACGAGAGGCUGCAGGACAGGGAUGGCGAGAUUGAAGACCUGAAGACCCAACUCUCAAGGAUGCAGGAAGACUGGAUUGAGGAGGAAUGUCACCGAGUGGAGGCUCAGCUGGCCCUCAAAGAAGCCCGGAAGGAGAUUAAGCAGCUCAAGCAGGUCAUCGACACCGUCAAGAAUAACCUGAUCGAGAAAGACAAAGGCCUCCAGAAGUACUUCGUGGACAUCAACAUUCAGAACAAGAAGCUGGAAACGCUGCUGCACAGCAUGGAGGUUGCGCAGAACGGGACGGUCAAAGAGGAAGGGCAUGCCGAGUCAGCCGGGGGGUCCCCCGCACGCUCGCUCACCCGCAGUUCCACGUACACCAAGUUGAGUGACCAGGGAGCGACGGACAGGAACAUCGGCGGCUCUCAAACCAUCUCGGUGGACGACGGAGCCGAUAGUGGCUUUGUGGCUGCAGAGAACUCCUUGAGCCGGACAGAUUUGCUGGACCACAGCAGCCUCCUGUCCUCAGGUGUGGAGUGUGGCCCCGACGACGCCUCGUCCCUGCACACCUCCUACACCUUGGGGUCCCAGAUGCCCACCAGCUCCACAUACGAGAAACUGAUGGGAUCUCAGCAGAGCGUGGAAGCCGCCGUACAAGCUACCUGCAUGCAGGAACAAGCCAUCCAGACAGAUUUUGGACAUUACCAGCCAGAUCUCGACACCAUCUUGGAGAAAGUCAUGAAGUCUCAAGCGGGCAGCGUCGCCAGUCCCACCUCAGAAGAGUGGUGUCCCCAACUGCUCGAAUCCCACGGACAGGACGGCCCCCGACCCUUCUCAGCUGUCGUGAUCAAUGCCGGAGAACCCACCGAGAAGCCUGAUGGCCAUCCGGCCUCGCAAAACCCAGCUGUGCAUCAGCCGUGCAGCGCCAGCCCAUCCGUGAGCAUCGUCUGUACCCCUGAAGAUGAGGCAACCGAGCCAGGAGAGGACACCACAGAGGCAGAAGCCUUAGUCGAGCCCAAAACUUACUGGAGCCGCCACUUCCUUGUGGAUCUCUUGGCGGUGGUCGUGCCAGCUGUGCCUACAGUCGCCUGGCUGUGCCGUUCGCAGAGGAGGCAGGGGCAGCCCAUUUACAACAUCAGCUCUCUUCUAAGGGGCUGUUGCACCGUUGCCCUGCACUCGAUCCGGAAGAUCAGCUGCCGGUCGGUCACCAACAUAAACAGCUCCUGCUCUCAGCCAUAACUUCUUCCUUCUUCCCCGCCCGACCAGCUCUGUCAUGUGCACGCACAUCUGCUUUGUUGCCCUCAGAGCCAGCAGGGUUUAGGGGACCACGAUUGUAAAUCCCGUAUACGCACACUUGAAUUUCUCUUUCCCUGUUACCUGAUUUAUUUAGCGCACAGGCGGGCGACUUAACUGGCAUCCUUAUGUGCUGGAUCUUGAUUUAUGCAAAUAGCUUGGGAGAAGAAGCCAUCGCUGUGGUGACCCUGGCGCAGCGUGGACAGGAUAAAAACCGUCUUCUCCUUGCUGAGAAACCAUCUCCUUUCAGGGAUGCUGCUCUUGAAAACUCAGUUUUUGCUCUAGGAAACGUGUGUCGCGUUUCCUCCGCGAUUGGCUGACUCACUUCUCCCUCCUCUUAAUAUCUGAAUGUUUUUGAGUGAUGCAGAAAACGUUACUCCGUUGUCGCGGCCUCCCUCUUCUCUCUUUUUCCUGCUUUUUUUCAGGUUUCAUCCUCUAACCAGCCCUGAGUCUACCUCACCUUCCCUAAACCAUUUCCCAUUCUGCUUUAAGUACAGGUCCAUCUCUGUUCUUCACCCUACAGGAACCCGUCUUGCAGCAUGGCUGACUGGGGAAUUCUGGGAGUUGAAGUCCACCCAUCUUCCAGUUGCCAACUUUGAAAAACAGUGCAGUAGAAGAACGACGGUGUCUGAUUUGCAGAGAGGAGGCAGAGGCCAUGUUGAAAAGAUGUUUGCGACAGCAGCUCCCCAAAUUCCACUGGUUCCCUUUUCUACCCACCCACAAAUUUCCAGAGUCCUGACUUCAUCUUCUGCCUCUUUGCAAACUGGUGGCUUCUUUCCCUCGUUUCUUGUUAUCUAAGACAGAGAUCCCUAAUCCCCGGCCCACAGUCUGGACCCAGUCUGUAGCUCGUUGUGAACUGGGCUGCGCAAACAAUGGGCGAGUGCGCAAAUGUGUGAAGCUCCAUUUGUGAAAGCGGCGAGCACGCACGCAAAACCAUCCCCUGUCCUCACCACAACCGCCGUCGCCACUGCCAGUCUGGGGAUCCAGAAAGGUUGGGGAUCGCAGAUCUAAAAGAGAUACAACAGAGAACAAACCCCACUCCCUUCUAGCACGGAUGAUGUUACCAAGUUGGGUUCAUCAAACAUCUGCAAGAAAACAACCAAGCUCAGAGAACACCAAGGACCCCCCCACACACACACAGUCCUCCUCUUCACAAACCUUCCAGCACUAAUGAAGUUACCGGAUCAUGAAACCUCCUCCUCUUCCUCCUCCUUCUCCCCGCAAACCCCACUCUCUUCUGAUCAUGUUACCUGUUAGAGUCAUGAAACGCCUCCAAGGAAACCACCAAGCUCAAAAGACCACCAAGGACACUCUGGUUCAACCCCGAGCCACACAUAUUCUCUUCAUAUAAUGGUAUCUAAGAUGGUGCAGAAGUCUUGCAGGACCCCAAAUCUUUGACCUGGAUAUUUAGGGGCAGGGGGCAGGCUUGCUAGAAUAAUACGAACCCCAAUACUUUCUAGUUGACCCCAAUUCAAUAAUAGACACAGGGUUUGUGAAUCACUACAUUUAUAAGCUUGUUCCAUAUCCUUUACCAUCACCUGCCCUUUUGGUACAAAUACUGUCCUUAGUCAAACUACCCUGGUGUUUCUAGUGAAAAGAGUACACACCCAAUCCCCUUUGUAUUUUGCAUAAAAUUAGAAUGACCCUUCCUACGAAGAUCUGCCGUUUUGUAAUGCAAACUGUAGGCCAGCCUCCACAUCACGUCCACUGUUCGGAUUUCACUCUUCCCCCAGUCCUCCGUCUACUAGAGCUACUUGAUGUACCGUAGGAGAAAGGGGGGAAAAAAGCACACUCAGCACUUUGUUCAGAGAUUGUCUACUAUCACGUCGCCUCUUCCGAGGCUAACCCUUUGGCGAACCUUGCCUCAGAGGAGGUACCUUCCUGCAGAUACACGUUGCAACACGACGCUGCACCGUUUUCGAGGGAUACCUGGGAACGCAACGUCGGAGCAACACACGCGAGAGGAAAUGUAGUCAGGGGUUCCCCAUGCCCCGUUGACGCCAGCCCUCCUCUUGAGAAAUGUUUGUGCAAGAGGACUCGGGCGUCAUUCCCGUCACCUCCAAGAAUGUUGUGAAAUGUGUCGAAUCGUGAGCGCGGCGUGCAAGGGUGCCUGCGGAUGUGUCGCUCGCCCCCGUCACAUUCGUGAGACUUUCUGAACUGUUUGCUCUGAGCAUGCUCUGCUCUCCGCGUUUCGGAAAAUGCUCCCGGGAACGAAGAUCAAGAGAAGGCAGAGAUAUACCUCACGUGGAGCAACCUGCCGUCCCCUCCUGGGAGGGGAGGGGAGGGUCAAAGAAGCCCUUAAGUUUGUUGUUGUUUAGCUUUGCACUAUGUUCACUUUUGGCAAACUUGAACGCUGCUGUCCUGGUUGAUCGGCGGGAGCGGGUUCCAGUGGUGGGCUGCUCUCCUCAGCGAUGCUAACCCUGUCUUUGUAAAACUGGAGAGGCUAACUAUGGAGCAGGCUCCAGCGUACUGUGUGCCCCCACACUGGUUGCGACUUCUGCCCAUCCGGUAGGCAAGAAUGUUGAUGCAACCCUUCAGUACAUCAAGGCCUGGACAUGGACCGUUAUCGUAGUACUGGCCUAGGAAAAUGUGCCUCCUUUGGAUUUCCAUUGUUUGCUUGUAACGUGUAGAACAAACGAUCAAGGGAGUAGAGAAACUGACUAGG